CGGAAGUAGAAGGGGCUGGCCGGAAGUGAGCGCAACGCCGCGGAGUCGAGAUGAAACCCGCGGUGGAUGAGAUGUUCCCCGAGGGCGCGGGGCCCUAUGUGGACCUGGAUGAGGCUGGAGGAAGCACCGGACUCUUGAUGGACUUGGCAGCCAAUGAGAAGGCAGUCCAUGCAGACUUUUUUAAUGAUUUUGAAGAUCUAUUUGAUGAUGAUGAUGUCCAGUGAAGCCGUCCCGUCAUACAUGCUCCAUGUCAGUGAUGGGUCAGGAGUCUCUCAGGACAGGACCAGCUGAUUGUAGACAUUGUGUGAAUAUCACUAGAAAUCAGGACCUAGUCAACCAAUAAGGAACCGUCUGAGCCAACUGGGUACUGAUGUCUCUGGGAACGCCAGUCCAUGUCCUUGUUUAAAUUAAUAAAGAGCACUAUAACAGA